AUGAAGUUCUCUACACUCGUCGGCUUGGCUGCGGCCGCUGCUUCAACCGCCAGUGCUAAAUACAUCAACUACACCACUGUGACUGGAUACUUCCUACAAGAUGAGGCUUCUACCGAUGCUUCAACUUUCGUCUACUACCAAAACGAUUUUGGCCUGAUCAAUCAGACUUACCCUGGCGAGGGCAAAGCACUCGGAAAAACCCAGUGGCAGCGGUUCUACCAAGAAGUCAAGCGUCUGAAUCGCGAGUCCCCUGAUAAUGUGCAGUACAAGGUCUUUUUCUUCGGAAGACACGGCGAGGGUUACCACAAUGCGGCUGAGACCUACUACGGAACGCCUGCUUGGAACUGCUACUGGGCCGAAUUGGAUGGCAACAGCACCAACACCUGGCACGACGCAGCCUUGACUCCCAAUGGCAUCUCCCAAGCCCAAAUCGCGCACAACUACUGGCAAACCCUAAUCAACAACGAAAAGAUUCACACCCCCGACGCCUACUACGUCUCACCGCUCACGCGCUGCUUGCAAACCGCCAACAUCACAUUCGAAGGUCUCAACCUUCCCCACAACAGCGCUGAGUUCAAGCCUACCGUUAUGGAACUACUUCGCGAGGGAAUCAGCAUCCACACCUGUGACAACCGACAGAGCAAGAAAUACAUCCACAACCUCUUCCCCGAAUGGACUAUCGAGGAAGGCUUUGCCGAGGACGACCACUAUUGGAACGGCAUCACCGAGGAAACUAGCGCCUCCCAAGCCGUGCGCUCAAAGAAAGUGCUCGACCAAAUCUUCAACGAACUCAACAACGCCGAAGAAAGCGACUGCGAGCCCGCGAGCGACAGUCUUUUCGUCUCUGUGACCAGCCACUCUGGCGAAAUCGGGUCGUUGUUGAGUGUGCUCGGUCAUCGCAGUUUUAGUUUGAGUACUGGUGCUGUCAUCCCUGUGCUCGUUAAGGCUGAGACCCUUGACGAGACUGUUGCGACUACUUGCUUGGCUUGGACUGCAAACCCGCAUUGUACGGCGCCUCCUGUCACCUCGGUGACGGCGUGUGUUUGUGCUGCGUCGGCGACGCCGGUGACCACGCCGUUGGUCACUGUUACUUCUGAGCCGCCUACCGUCACGGCCACUGUUUGUUAUUGA